AGUUUAUUUCAAACUUGCAAGUGUGUGCUGACUGAAAUCAUAUAGUAGCCUAUCAGUGUGUCAGUAAUAUGGACAAAAGUUUUCUUCUUUUUCUGCUUUUGCUUCCAAUAGCUGCUCCAAAAGGCUCUCACUCCUUAUGGUUGCUUGCAACGUACAUUAAAGGACAAACACCAUUUCCUGAAUUUAGCUAUGUAGGGAUGUUGGAUGAUGUCAGAAUUAUGUACUAUAACGGCGAGACGAAGACUCUCAUUCCCAGAGGAAAUACAACAACUGAAGACGACGUGUUCAAUCCAAAUGUUCUCCUCACCAUAAGUGACUACAUACAGUCCUCUUUUAUUGAAAAAUGGGCAAUAGCAACCAAAAACUUUAACAAAACUGAUGGUGUUCUUGCCCUUCAGAGGCUGGUUGUGUGUGAACUGAGAGAUGAUGGUGAACCGGGACAAAUGAUCACACGGGAUGCUUUCAGAGGCUCCACCACUGAUGAGUUGCUAUAUGUUGACAAGAACUUCACAUACCAGGGGAAUUUAAACGUCUCAACCCAAGUGCUGAAUAUUCAUCUUGAAUUUAGCAUGAGGCGUCAUGAAAGUUUUUAUCAGCCAUUCUGCAUCAAAACACUCAAGGGUUACCUUGAAAAAAGGAGGACUCAAAUCUAUAGAAAAGUGAAACCCAAAGUCAGGCUCCUCAAGAAAGAACUGUCUUCCGGGUUUCGUGUGAGUUGUUUGGCAACAGGAUUUUACCCUCGUCACAUCAACCUGACCCUGUUCAGAGAUAGACAGCCUGUAUCUGAUCAGGAGAUCACUGGAGGAGAUCUGCUGCCCAAUGGUGACGGGACGUACCAGAUGAGGAAGAGUCUGGAGAUCAGUGCAGACAAACACAAAUACACCUGCUCUGCCACACACCUCAGUCUGGACAACAAACUGGACGUCACUUUGGAGUAUGAUCACGGAGAACCAUUUAAAUCAGUGAUUCCUUCAGUUCUGAUGGUUUUGGCUCUGAUGUUAGUGUUUGGAGCAGCAGUUGCUAUAACUGCAUGGAAAAGACGACGUGCAGAUUCAAUUAAAAGUGGGUAUUCUACUGCUUCUACAUCUGAAGAAAGUGUGGACACAACAUAGAAAUCGAUGUGAAUGCCAUGAUACAAAGUGGGAUAUUCCAAAAAAGUGUAUUUCAAUCUAUGUUAUCUACACAAUUUCCAUUAUAAUUCACUGGCUGAGUCAACAAUUCUAUGUGAGCCACUGUCACACAAGUGAUUUAUUGUCACGCUGUCAUACCUUUCUAUUCCUAGACCUAAAAGUAGAAAAAACAAUUUAGACAAAUGUGUAGAAAACUACUUUGAGCCAUUUACACAACAAUUUUUAUUCAUUUAUUUGGUGGUGUAGUGUAGAUGAUAUAAUGUUUGUGUGUGUAUAUAUUAUUUUUUUCAUGUUAUACUUUUUUUUUUUUACUGUAUUAUAAAAAUUGUAUUUUGAACAUUCAGGCUCAGUGCAGAAGAUGAAAAGAUAAAAAGGAAAAGAAGGAGAAAUAAAAAGACUCCUGGUUAAUGAUCA